UUGGUUGUGCAGAUAGUCAUGGAUCAGGUAAUGCAAUUUGUUGAACCUAGUCGGCAGUUUGUGAAGGACUCAAUUCGGCUUGUGAAAAGAUGUACCAAGUCAGAUAGAAAAGAAUGCCAGAAGAUCGUUAUGGCAACAGCAAUUGGAUUUGCUAUAAUGGGAUUCAUUGGUUUUUUUGUUAAAUUGAUCCAUAUCCCUAUUAACAUCAUUGUUGGUGGCUGAAUACUUCUGGAAGACAUUUGCUGCUUCAAGCUUGAUGGACAAGUUUGGGGUUGGGAAGGUGUUGGCUUUGUUCACUUAGUAAAAAUUUUGUCUUAUGUGGUUUA